AUGAGCCAGCCACCGAGCAGCACAGUCCAACUGCGGCUGGCGUUGCUGGCCACGGAGUUCGAAAGCACCCUCACCUUCUUUCGACUUUUGAAAGUGACCCAACUCAAGGACCUCUGCAAAUCCGUGGGUUUGGCUUUAAAGGGCAAAAAACAGGAUCUUAUGGACCGCUUGGAGCAGUACACUCGUUCCUGCUACGCCGCCGGAGAGAACAUUCGCCUUUUGGCCAUCAGAUCGGUGGUUCUCAAGAUGCUCAAUCACGACCCGGUACCAGACUUCCACACCUUGUGCCAUGCUUUGCAGCUGGGGCUUAUAGAUACUGAAAAACUACUGCAGCAGAACAACCAACAGAACACACGCCUCACGCAUGGCAUGUCCGCUCACACACAUAGAAAACCGCCUCAACCCUCCAAUCCUAUGGCUGGAGGUUACUCACUGGGCAACACUCUGCACGGCUCGGUCUACUAUCCACGGUACACGGGACCCAUGCUUUUAUUUCAAAGCACCUUGUUUUACCGUCUAAUACGAAUGGUUCACGGGUUUCCAUACAUGAUGGUUGCUUCCAAGGGCAGAAAUGUUUGUAAUGUGCCAGUGAGCUUAAACAGCGAGGAAGUGGAGGCACUACAACUGAAUCCAGAUGCCCGUUUGUACCUUUUUUCAGGUCUUUCGUCCACGCCGAACCCAAGCAAAACACCCAUCCAGUUUCCCCCUAUCGAAAUCCAUGUUGAUGGCAUUAAUACCAAGCAGUACGUCAAGGGCCUCAAGGGAAAGCCUGGAACUUGUCGGCCGGCGGAUCUCACAAAAUACGUGAAUAAUCUCCGAAGACAGUUUACGGUCAAUGUGGUGUAUUCGGACGCCAUGGAGCCCUACAUCCUUUACAUGUACAUUGUGCAUGCUCAAAAGCCAGAGACAUUGGUGGAUCAGAUAGAGAGAAACGGGCUGCAUAUUCCUGUGGAUGCUACCAAAAAGACAAUUCAGCGUGACUACGAGUUGAACCAAGAUGACGAUAUCGUCAUGGACACAUCCUCGAUUUCCCUACGAUGUCCCUUGACGUAUGCCCGCAUGAAGCACCCAAUGAAGUCUACCACCUGUGACCAUGUCCAGUGUUUCGACGGCUUGUCUUUCCUCACUAUGCAAGAGAGAAUUCCCUCGUGGAUUUGUCCCGUGUGUUCUGCUCAAAUGGAUCAGAACUCGCUUGCUGUACUGGACUAUAUGAACGACAUUUUGCAAAAAACGUCAGAAGAAGUCGACACGGUCAUGUUAAAUACAGAUGGCUCAUGGGCUAUCCAGACCGAGACCGAAGGCAAUGCGAAGAAUGAAUCCUCACCAGCUCCCAAGAGCCCCAGUGCAGCAGCUUCUGUACCUCCUCCAGAGCAGUCAGUAGAGCCUGCUAAUGAGUCAAUUGAGGUCAUUUCCCUUGACAGUGAUAGUGAGGAUGAAGCUCCACCAGCAAGGCCUACUACCCAAAACGAGCCAACUCCACAGCAAACUCCAUCACAGGCCAGCCCUUCGACCCAACACAAUACUCCAUUACUGACGCACGCUCAAGUUCCGGCUCCAAACUUACCAAAGCCCAUGAACCGUGAGCAUCAAACCACCAGUGAAAAUGUUCUACAACAUAACCGAGCAACAUCAAGCAACUCAUCAGCCACACAUUCAGACGUUUCUGGACAGCCAUACCGUGCGCCUCCAGCGAGCACUAAUAGGAAUUAUUCAUCGAAUGUUCCACAAGCUCCUUGGCUCAAUGAUGGUGGAAGGAACAGCAGCACUAGCAGUGUGAGUGGCAUGAGCGGCAUGAGUGGAUUGAGUGGCCUCAGCGGUAUAAGUGCAAACAGUGGAAUGAGUGGAUUCAGUGGUGCUAGUGGUGCUAGUGGUGCUAGUGGCAACAGCGGCUUGAGUGGUGCAAGCAAAUUGAGCAGCUUGAGUAACAUGAGUGCUAGAACUGGGUUGAGUGCCUUGAACAGCAUGAGAGGAAUGGAAGUGGAUGAUUCUUCUUCGGAUAAUGAACCUUUGGCUCGUCAUGAAGACGUGCCUCUCAGCCACGUAAGUCGUCGCAAGGCCCCUACUAUCCCAGAGGAGCUGGACCUGGGGACAGAAGCCCGUCCUUCCUUGCCUCCGGUGAGAACGCAACAAAACUUACCUUCGAGAGAUGUGCAAAUGAGUCCUCCUCCGGUUUCUAAUAGAUCGACUCUGAUCACAUCCCUUCAAUCACCACAGUUAUCUCACCACGGAUCUCCAGUUCUACCAGCGCCAAGCUCAUCAGGACAGCAAAGUGGCACCAGACUUCCUUCAAUUAAUAGUUUGACGCGGCAAGAUCCACCGCCUCCACCGAAUGAUCGUUUCCAUGUGCCAUGGGCCAAGGAGAACCCGGUGCAAAAGUCAGCAGUGUCGGAAAUUGGGAAAGCUAAUCUGUUCAGUCCUCAGCCUCCAGUCAAUCAACAAAACAUGCUUCCAAUCCAACCACUGGCUCCAAAGCCUGUUUUUGGCUGGAACUUGAACAAUGGAAAUAAGAACAGACAAGAAGGAGAGGCAUCGAAGUCUGUGGAUGAAACACCACAAGAAAGAAACUCCACACCCUCUCUGCAUCCUCAAAGUCGUGCUCCAUCUGCGAGUGAAUCAGCAAGACAGACACCUUCAGGUAAUCAAACUCCACAGCUAUCGUCUGAAACUCAGCCCAUUUCUGCACCCGAAAAACCAGAACCACAACCACUUCAAACGCACGGCAGACGUGAGUCUCGUCUGACAAGCUCACCGGUUAUUGUAGCUUCCAAAUCAGCUUCUGCUGAAGAAGCACCACUAAGAACUGGCAGCCUGGAAAAUAGGGCACAGUCAACGCCAUCAAUUCCACAACGCCCAUCUACUUCUGAGGUUUCCGAUAACCUGAGACCGUCACUUCAUCAAGGUCCUCAUUCUGCGGGCAGCCUUUCUAGCAAUUCGGAAUCUGUGCGCCAGAAUGCUAUAGCCGAACGUUACCGCCAGCUCAUUCUGACGUCGUCCUCUCUCAUUAACAACUACAACAGAAUGGCGCUCAAUCCUAGCAGUACGCCUCCAAACAACAGUGGUAUACCUGUUCUACCUUCGCUUCCACAACUGUCCAGUCCUCCACUCAAUCCUCCUAGCCAGCCUGGGACCAACGGAUCCCAGCAAAAACCUGAGGAUCGGGCGUCAAAGACUCCGGGAAACACUCCGGCAGCAAGUGAGGCUAGUGGCAGUGUAGCUGGUGCUAAUACAGCCGGGGCCAGUGCAACUGGUGCUAGUGCUGCAAGCGGCAGUACAGUUAGUGGCACCACAGCUCCAGCAAAUACCACCGGCAACAAUGAUGCUAAUAAGACUUCGUCUGAAACGCAUCCUCGUGUGGUGAACAAGCAGUUCAAGCUCAAUAAGGAUGCACAGGGAGAGGAUCAGACCGUUUCUGUGAGUCCUUUGACAACAUCUAAUAAAGCUGCAGUUGAUAAAGAUUCAGAAAAGCUGGCAGAACAAGCACGGGAAAAACAACCUGAGGUUCUAGAACCGCCCCGUGCUCUGAUCCAGACCAAGGCAGAUUCAUUGCCAGAGAAAGCAGCUGAGCGGACGCAGAAUGAACCCGACAGACAGUCUGAACCCACUAAACCUACAGCACCGCAACCACCAGCUCGGAGUGAAAAUUACCUGAGAUCUGCAUUUGACGUGUUGACAGAGGAAGACGCAUUGGAGAAAAUCAGAGGAGUACUUGGCAUUGAAGUUACUGGUAACAUAUGGCGGUCUCGAAGCCCGUUCAACAGGGCACCUCCACAAGACGGUGAGUCGGAAAGACCAACGCCACCUCAAGCUACGCCAGAGGUCGACCGAGUGCAAGAACAUAGCGGCGAAAGCACGUCACCUAUAGAUAGCCGGAUCGAGCGCAUGUCGAUAGAAACACCCAACGGCAAGAAACGGUCUAUCCUGAACUCGUCAACAGAAAGAUCGUGGAACAAGCGGCUCAACCGACAGGGUCUGAAAAAAUUCGACCCCAGCGAAAUCAACUCGUCACAGAUCAUUGAGCUCGACGACUAG